GCUACCGAGCAGCAACAGCAGCAUCGACCAGGAACGCAAGACGGGAGGAAGCCGUGAAACCUCCGAAGUCUCAUUCUCGACGUUUCUCCGCACAUUUCGCGUCCCCCGUCGAGCAAAUAAGAGCAAUAAGUUGGCCGCAGUCAUGUACUUGAAGGUGGUGUUUUUCGCUGUAGUUUUAGCUCUGGUGGGAGCAUCAGCCGCAACAGACUCAGAUGGAUGUUCCGGUCUGGCGUGUGAUUCAUGUGCAGCCAAGACUGACUGCCAGUGGGUUAAUUGCACAUCAUCUCUCGGCUGUCACAACAUGACUCUUCUGGGAGAAAACGAGACCUGCACCUCCGUUAACUGCUCCCUUGUUCAUCCCACAACAGCUCCAACUUCAACUGCCUCUGCGACUCCUACCCCUCCCGUUACAGCCUCCCCUACCCCUGUUGUCACCACCGCCUCUAACAGCAGCACCACAGGCAAUGCAACCAUUACUACCACCGUUGCCCCCACCCACAGUGGCAACAUGUCCACCCCUACUGCUCCAUCCUCUACUUCAACUGUACCCAGCACAGGUACCACACCAGUCGCCCCCUCUCCUGACCCUCACAAGAACACCUUCGACGCUGCAAGCUUCAUCGGUGGCAUAGUGCUGGUCCUGGGCCUGCAAGCCGUGAUCUUCUUCCUCUACAAAUUCUGCAAGUCCAAGGACCGUAACUACCACACCCUUUGAAGCAGCCGCACUUUUAGGUCCACGUCACCCAACAUAUCCCCACCAACUAGAACCUUCCAGAGAAAACUCCCCACUCGGCACACACUCAUCACGACGGACUCAAACAGUGUUUUCAAGCAGUGUUUUCUAGAUCUUCAAUGUAUGUGCCACUUACGGUUUAGCGCUGCCAUUGUAGUCUGUAAUAAGGCACUGACGCAGGCCUGUAUGUAUGAUAAAACACAUCACGCUAACUUGUACAAUCAAAUGGGUCUCCAGUGAUGUGGCAUUUAAGCCUUGAGUAUAAUGCAUCCCACCUCCUGCCGUUAGUCAUUCUGCAAAGACCAUUUUGCUGCAAGUGAGGAGGUUUGUGUUAUUUACUGCCCCUCUCCUCGUGAUUCCUCAAUUAAAUGCACGACACAAGCAUUAAAGAAAUACUCAUGCAUAUGAAGUAACUUUCCUAUUGAUGCUUAGGAGUAGUACAGCUGCAGACGGGUAGCAUGUCCAUCAUUUUUUAAAUCUCGAUUUGGAAACACUGUUUGAGUUCACAGCUAUUCUUGAAUGUGACGGCUUUGAUGAUUCAGUAUUGCUUUUAGCCUGUUCAGUCGUGGGCAGGUUCCCUCUCCCCCAUGCAGCUGUAUCAUGUAUAUGUGUUCAUAGAUGAUGUAAAAGAGGUGGGGUUACAUACAAUUAGUGGGAAUAAAAGCAACACCCAAUCAUCUGAUGUCAGACAGAAAAAAAAUAGCGAUCCUUCUGGUCAUGCUUUGGGUGUCUUUCACUUGCCGUUUAAGAGUGCUGUGUGUUUUCUGCUGUUGACUUCCCCGGGGAAAUCUUUCACCCAAAACUAGCGAUAAAAAUAUAUAAAAAAAAAACAACUGCCAUUAGAGCAGCUCAAUGCAAUAAAUAAAUCAUAUGAGAAGUUCACUUCUGAUCC